AGAAUACAAUUUUUGGGGUUAUGUAUUGCGGUUUGUUUUUUUUUUUGUAUUUUCUUGGGUCUUUUAAGCAAAACUGUUUUACAUCAACAUAUAGUGUAAUUUUAAUAUGUUAAGUGCAAGAAUUCUAAACUGUUGUAAACUAUUUAAAUAUAAGAAGUGGUCAACUACACUGCUAAAUGCUGAAUAUGUAUUGUCUACUCAACCUGCCAUUCAGUCCACACAUGAAAAAUAUGAGAAACAACUAAAAGAUUUUGAAACUCUGACUACAGUUAUUAAGAAGAAAAGACAAAAAAAACCUCAAAGGCCCCCUUUUGCGAAAAAUCUCUUUCUAGGGGUGUUUGAUACAGAUGUUUUAUCUUAUCCAGAACUUGAAAAAGAAGAUAUCGAUUGCAUUGAACCGGCAGCCGCUGCUGUAGAAAAACUGAUGAAGCAAGAACAUAUGGUCAAUUGUAACACAUUAUCUGAUAAAAAUUUUAGGCAAAAUUUGUCCGAUUAUAAAACAAUUGGUCUUCAAGCUCCUCAAUUGAUGGACGGUAGGGAAUGUUCUGUUACAGAAAGCAAUAAAUUUUUGGAAGUACUGUCGUGUCAUAAUUUAAGAGAUAACAUAAUAUUUAACGAACAGUUAGGUGUCCAGAUUCUAGUAAAAUUUGCAAAUGAUCAGCUGAAGAAAAAAUAUCUCCAUGGAAUAAUGAAAGGUGAUAGCAUUAGUUGCUUUUGCAUGUCCGAAGCCGACUUACCUGAAAUUACUUCCAUGAGAACCAAAGCCGUGAUAUCAGAUGAUAAAAAAACUUGGAUUUUAAAUGGGGAGAAAGCGUGGGUUGUUAAUGGAACUUCAGCUAACCUAUUAAUCGUUUGUGCGAUGACGGAACUUGUUGUCAGAGACCUCAUUAAAGAACCAAAAUUAACCUUGUUUAUAGUCGAUAGGAAUUCCCCAGGUGUAUCUUACACCAAAGUGGACACAAAUGACGUAGAAAUGGCUAAUAUUAGUUUUGAUAACACGCAAGUACCAAACGAAAACGUUAUUGGUAAAGUAAAUAAGGCUGACGUCAUUUUAUCGUCUAUUAUGAACGAGUUCAGAUUAAGCUCUGGUGCAGCUUGCAUUGCAAUAACCAAGCAAAUUUUAAAUCGACUCGCUCUGAGCAUGUUAGAACAAUCCAACGAUUCGAAUAUGUUGUACAAAACGGAUGCUGUUAGAGGGAAAAUUGCUGAAUUGACUACAAAGUUGUACGCAAUGGAGAGCGUAUUGUAUUUAACGACGGGUCUCAUCGAUUCUUACGAGAAUCAGGACUGCGAGCUCGAAAGCGCCAUAGUUAAGAUAUUCUGCUCCCAAAGUUGCUUAACCGCCUCCUUAACCGCCUUGGACAUGGUAGGUAUGCCGGCUAUAUCCGAAUCGCACUGGGCCAGCAAAUUUCAUAAAGAUAUCACGAGACAUCUGUCUUUGCACGAAACGAACGACAGCUUGGAAAUAAUGACCGCACUUUUCGGAUUACAAUUCGCCGGGGUGCAACUCAACGAGAGGAUAAGCAAGAUCCGGAACCCGUUGUUCCACGGAAGUUUCAUUUUGAGGAGAAUGUGGACUGACAGGAGAAACGUCGGAGACGACCCUAAGUUGGAUUUACGGUUGGGGGAUUAUCUGCAUCCCUCCCUGGACAUUGCUUCCAAGCAUUUAGAGUAUUGCGUGAAGAGACUGGAAUUUGCGACGGAAGUUCUUCUGGCAAGGUUCGGGCCCGACGUCGUUAACCAACAUAUAGAUUUGCGCAGAAUAGCCGAGUGUAUUAUAAAUAUAUACGUUAUGACCGCGUGCUUGGGGAGAGCCUCGAGGUCAUACUGUAUAGGCCUUCAAUACAGCAACUACGAGAUGCUCAUUGCGAGCGCCUUUUGUUCCGGGGCGAUGGAAAGAGUGAAGGCCAACGUGAAGAAGAUAGUCGAGGGGGAGCAUGUUACCAACGACGAGAAUUAUAGGGCGAUAUCGAAACGUCUCUUCCAGUCGAAGGAAUAUUUCCUGAAACACCCGUUGUCUCGGAAUUUUUAAGCGAAAUGUAAAUACAGUAUUUAUCUGUUGAGAGAUUAAAGUUUUUGUUAUCGUC